AUGUUCAACUGGAUCUGGCCGCUCAAGUCCGUCCAGAACCACGUCGUCGUCAUCACAGGUGGCGCUACGGGGCUCGGACGGCUCGUGGCGCUCCGCUUCGCGGCCCUGGGCGCCGUCGUCGUGAUCUGGGACCUGCACGCCGACUCCGGUCGCCACGUCGUCGCCGAGAUCGAAGCUGCGGGCGGCACUGCCCACUUCUACGACGUCGACGUGGCGGACCGCGAGCGCGUGUCGGUCGUCGGCCGUCAGGUGCUGCGCGAGCUCAAAGCUGUGGACAUUCUCGUGAACAACGCGGGCGUUGUGGACGGUCGGCCCAUCUGUGCGACACGUGACGACGCCAUUGCGCGCACGAUGGCGGUGAACGCCCUGUCCCAUUUCUGGACCAUCAAAGCGUUUCUACCAAUGAUGAGGCAGAGGGGCAGGGGCCAUAUCGUUGCAGUAGCCAGUGCCGCCGGCAUCUUUGGAUCCCCUGGGAUGGUCGACUAUGGCGCGAGUAAGUUCGCCGUCAUUGGGCUCAUGCUCAGUCUGCGGCAGGAACUCCAGGCCAUGGGCUGCUUCAACGUGCACACGACUGUCGUGUGUCCUGGCUUUAUCACCACUGGCAUGUUCGAGGGCGUGACGGUCCCGUGGUUCACGCGGUGGCUGACGCCCGAGUUCGUAGCGAAGGAACUCGUUGACGCCGUGCGCAGAAACCAGUGGCGCGUCCUCCUGCCGUCUGUCCUGCGUGUCAUGGAGCUCGUGGCGACCGUCAUGCCCAUGUGGUUUAUCGACUGGUUCGUCCGCGUCACGAAGACGUCGCAGGCAAUGAGGACCUUCAAGCAGACACGCGCACAGGCGCUAAAGCACGAAUAG